AUGUACUUGUCCAUUUCAAAGUUAGCAAGAGAGAAUAAAAACAUAGAGGAAUUUCAAUUCCGCGGCAAGGGCGCCCGGGCGCUCGAGCGCGAGCGCGAGGCCAUCCGCCACGCCGGCGGGCAUGACUUGAAGGAGGACGCGGCGUUGCGCGACCCCACGGUGGCGCCGGCGCAGCGCGGCACGGCGUCGCCCGCAGACUCCGGCGCGGCCACGGUAAGCUGGCGCGGCGACGGCGAGUACGUGGCCGUGUCCACGCUCGAGGACGCGCUCGUGGAGGCCACGCUGGAGUGCGUGGCGCGGCGCGUGGUGCGCGUGUUCACGCGCGAGGGCGCGUUGCACUCGGUGCUGGAGCCCGCGGACGGCGUGGAGCACGCGUUGGCGUGGCGGCCGUCCGGCGCGGUGCUUGCGCUGACGCAGCGGGGCCACGACGACGACGGCGCGCCCGUGCUCCAGGUGGCGUUCUUCGAGCGCAACGGCUUGCGCCACGGCGAGUUCGACACGCGGCUCGACGCGGCCGCGGGCCGCGUGGCCGGCUUGGCCUGGGCCUGCAACAGCGAGGUGUUGGCGCUCCAGCUCGCUGACCGCGUGCAGCUCUGGACCUCCAAGAACUACCACUGGUACCUCAAGCAGGAGCUCGUGGUCAGCGGCGCGGACGCCCGCAACGAGGUGGUGUUCGUGCGCUUCCACCCGGAGAAGCCGCUCCACUUGAUGGUGGGCACGUCGCGCGCGGGCCUCUGGGUGUACAACCUCGCGCAGCAGACCGCGACGGGGCCCACGGUGGCGGGGCGUGACGCGGGCAUGGUGGUGGUCAUCGACGGCGCCGAGGCCAAGGUCACGCCGCUCGCGCUCGCCAACGUGCCGCCGCCCAUGGCCUACCGCGACUACGACUUCGACGCGCCGUUGUGCGCCGCGGCCGUGAACCGCGCCAACGACGCGUUUGCCGUGGCUACCUGCGCCGGCGACGUGCACGUGUGCCGCGUCUCGCCGGCGGACAUGCGCCGCGGCGUGCAGCCCGCGGUGGCCACCAUCGGCCGUGCGCUCAUCGCCACGCCGGACGAGGUCGUCAAGCAGGUGUGUUUCAUCGCCGACACGACCGUGGCCGUCUUGGUCGACGCGCCGGGCGCCUCCCGCGUCGAGCUCUUCGACGUGCACGCGACGGCCACGCACGUGGCGUCCGCCGAGCUUGGCGUGCGUGCCGUGUUGCUCAAGGCCCGCGCGGACUUUGCCGCGGCCGUGGCCGAGUGUGUCGACGGCUCGCUCCUCGAGGUGCUGGCCGCGGGCGCCACAGCCCGCGUGGCCCAGUUCCCGGUCUUGUGCCACGACUUCGAGGUGUGCAUGGUCUCGGGCGACAUGGGCGAGGAGCCGGUGGCGCUCGGCGUGUCGGGCAACGGCAAGUUGUACGGCAACGACACGCACCUCGCCAGCGGCGUCACCUCAAUCAAGGCUACCCAGGACCACCUCGUCUUGACCAACGCGCACUCGCAGGUGUGCUUCGUGCACUUGAAGAACGUACUCGAGCCCGCCACGUUCUCGUUCCUCCAGAACCAGACUGCCGCCGCGGCCGACGAGCGCGUGCGCCAAAUCGAGCGCGGCCUGGUAUUGGUCUCGUGCAUCCCGUCCAAGUACUCGGUGGUGUUGCAGGCCCCGCGGGGCAACUUGGAGACCAUCUGCCCGAGAAUCAUGGUGCUCUCCGGGGUCCGCAACUUCAUUGCGGCGCUCGACUACCGCAACGCGUUUGUUGCGUGCCGCACCCACCGCAUCGACUUGGACUUGCUCCACGACUACGACCCGGCCUUGUUCCACAGCAACGUGGAGCUAUUCGUCAAGCAGAUCGGCAGGGCUGACUACUUGGACUUGUUCGUGUCGUGCUUGCACGAGGAGGACGUCACCCAGACAAAAUACAGGGACACCUUGCGCCAGGCACCGCUGUUGGAUCUCGCAAAGUUGUCGCUCGAGCCCCGCAACGCCGAGCCUGCCAGCGCCAGCCCACGGAGAAUAAUCUUCAACAAGGAAGACGCGAGGACCUCGUCCAAGAUCAAUAGGAUCUGCAAUGCGGUGCUUGAGGUCUUGUCGGCGCCCCCAUACGAGUCGCAGUUCUUGCAAACCAGAGUCACUGCGUACGCGUGCCAGGCGCCGCCCAACUUGCCGGGCGCCUUGUCUCUCAUCAGCGCCUUGGAAGACGAAGAUGAGCACGAAAAGGCCAUCACGCAUUUGUGCUUCCUCCUGGACGUGAACAAGUUGUACGACCAUGCCUUGGAAUUGUACGACGUUAAGAUGGCGUUGAACAUUGCCCAGAAGUCGCAGAAGGACCCCAAGGAGUACUUGCCCUUCUUACAGAACCUCCACGUGCAAACCCCUUUGCGCCGUCAAUUCUUGAUCGACGAUCACUUGAAACAUUACUCGAAAGCUUUGGGCUGGUUGCACGAGCUCGGCCACGAGGCCGUGGCGGAGUUGGACGAUUUUGUCGUGAAACACAGCCUCUAUAAAGAUGCAUUGGCUAUUUACAGGUAUGACGACCAGAGAAACAAGCACAUAUUGGCCCUAUACGCCGAGCAUCUUGUUGAAGAGAAGAAGUAUAGUGAGUCUGGUGUCAUUUACGAGUACCUUGGGUCGCUCGAGCAAGCACUUGAAAGCUUUGUAUUGUGCAUGAGAUGGAAAGAAGCACUCGCCAUUGCACAGUCUCUUCCAGGAAAGGAGCUUGUGAUCUCAACAGCCGAGCGCUUAUCAAGCAUGCUUGUAGAUGACCACAAAUACUCCGACGCUGCUGAAAUCGAGCUCAGAGUCCUCGGGAAUGUCGAGGAGGCCAUCAAACUCCACUGCAUGAGUUAUCAAUUCGACAGUGCCAUUCUCUUGGCGACAGAAAAAAACCAUACCGAUCUCAUCGCGAGCACUGUUGACCUGCAGCUCGAUGAGAGCUUUGGUGUCAUUGCCGAACUCCUUGCCGACUGUACCAGCCAGGCCAACUCACAGUUGAAAAGGUUGAGAGAAUUGAGACAGAAGAAGGAGGAUGACCCAUACGCUUUUUACGGCAUUCCCAACGACGAUUUGGAUACGCCAGACAACGUCUCUGUGGCCGCCUCGGAAACCUCCACCACGCCCUCGUUCUUCACUAAAUAUACUGGCAAGACUUCUGGUACAGCGAAAACGGGCGCAUCGAGAAAAACAUCAAAGAACAGAAAGAGAGAGGAGAGAAAGCGCGCAAAGGGCAGGAAAGGCACGAUCUAUGAGGAGGAGUACCUCAUCAAAUCUGUUGGCAGGUUGGUUGAGAGACUAGAUCAAACGGAGGCUGACGCCUUGAGGUUGAUCGAAGGCUUGGUAAGAAGACACAAGAUGCAACAGGCAUACCAGAUUCAGCAUAACUGGGGCAAGCUCACGGUAUUUUUGCGGGAAAACAUCCAGGAGAUCCAUAACAUGAGUGAAAAGGACCGCGAGAGAAUCGACGACAAUGGCGAAAUCUAUCUCAUUGACGAGAUCCCCGCGCCGGUAAUCAGAGACUUUCCUAAGUUGGAGAUGUUGGACUACUAG